AUGGCCUACAGUACAAAGCCGCAGCUCCAGGUCACGUUGGUCGACUGCCCCGGGCACGCCUCCCUCAUACGGACCAUCAUCGGCGGAGCCCAGAUCAUUGAUCUAAUGAUGCUGGUCAUCGAUGUGACCAAGGGGAUGCAGACCCAGUCAGCAGAGUGCCUGGUGAUUGGGCAGAUCGCCUGCCAGAAGCUGCUCGUGGUCUUGAACAAAAUAGACCUCUUGGCUGAGGGGAAGAGACAGGCGGCAAUUGAUAAAAUGACGAAAAAGAUGCAGAAGACCCUAGAGAAGACCAAGUUCCGAGGGGCACCGAUUAUACCUGUAGCAGCCAAGCCUGGAGGACCAGAUGCCCCUGAAACAGAAGCUCCACAAGGCAUCUCAGAGCUUAUUGAGCUCCUGAAGUCGCAGAUUCCCAUCCCAAUGAGAGACCCGUCAGGACCGUUCCUCAUGUCUGUGGACCAUUGUUUCUCCAUCAAGGGCCAAGGCACUGUGAUGACGGGAACCAUCCUCUCGGGCUCCAUCAAUCUCGGCGACAGUGUUGAAAUUCCUGCCCUCAAGGUGGUGAAGAAGGUGAAGUCAAUGCAGAUGUUCCACCUGCCUGUCACCUCAGCCAUGCAGGGAGACCGACUGGGUAUAUGCGUGACCCAGUUUGACCCCAAGCUGCUGGAGCGAGGGCUGGUGUGUGCCCCUGAAUCCCUGCACACCAUCCAUGCGGCCCUCGUCUCCCUGGAGAAGAUCCCGUACUUCCGGGGGCCUCUGCAGACCAAGGCCAAGUUUCACAUCACCGUGGGCCAUGAGACAGUCAUGGGCAGGCUGAUGUUCUUCAGCCCUGCUCCCGACCACUUCAACCAGGAGCCCACGCUGGAUUCAUUCGACUUCUCUCGAGAGUACCUCUUCCAGGAGCAGUUCCUGUGUAAGGGCCUGGAGCCAGCAGACGGUGGGGAGGCCAACCAGCAGGCGGGCCAGGCCCCCGAGACCCCCUGUCCCCGACAGCAGUGGGCCCUCAUGGAGUUCGAGAAGCCCAUCACCUGCCCUCGGCUCUGCCUGGUGAUCGGCUCCAGGCUUGAUGCGGACAUUCAUGCAAACACCUGCCGGCUGGCCUUCCAUGGCAUCCUGCUGCACGGGCUGGAGGACAAGAACUACCCCGAGAGCUUCCUGCCCAGGCUGCAGGUGUAUAAGCUGAAGCACAAGCAUGGCCUCGUGGAGCGGGUGAUAGAUGACUACAGUGUGAUCGGCCGCUCCCUGUUCAAAAAGGAGACCAACAUCCAGCUCUUCGUGGGGCUCAAGGUGCAUCUGUCCACCGGGGAGCUGGGGGUCAUUGACGGGGCCUUCGGCCAGAGUGGCAAGUUCAAAGUCCACAUCCCUGGUGGCCUUAGUCCUGAGUCCAAGAAGACCCUGAUGCCAGUCCUCAAGAAGCGGGGCCGGGCUGGCCGGGGGGAGGCGGCCAACGAGGAGGAGGGUGUGGAGCGAGCGGAGCCCUCGCAGCCUGUCACAAUCCGCCUGACCUUCAAGCGCUAUGUCUUCGACCCACACAAGCGCAUGGUCCAGUCUUCCUGAGCGUCGCAAACCCACAGUGCCAGUGCCCACCACAAGUGCCUCUGGACCCCUGGUGUCUCCCCACCCCGGCAGCAAGAAGCAGCUCCAGCCGAAUGCACCCUCUGCCGGGAGACAGAGGCCCCUCGGCUCCCAGGCCAGUCAGGACCUAUGCUUCUCCUGGAGGGGCUGGUGCCCAGGAGGCUGCCCACCUAGUGGUCAUCCCGACCCCUCCCCUUGCAGACCGGGCAGCCAGUCACUUGGAAAUAAAUGCCCAAGCCCAA